AUGCUGUUAAGUUUAAGGAAGGCCGAAACUACUUUAGGCGCUGGUAACGAAGUAGGAAGAUCGUGUUUAGUGAUUCAAUACAAGGGUAAAACUGUUAUGCUUGAUGCAGGUGUACAUCCUGCAUAUAAUGGACUUGCCGCACUUCCAUUUUAUGAUGAGAUUGACCCUGCUACUGUUGAUGUUCUACUCAUUAGCCAUUUUCAUUUGGAUCAUGCUGCAUCAUUACCUUAUUUUCUAGAAAAAGUAGGGUUUACUACAUUUCAAGGUCGUGUAUUUAUGACUCACCCAACAAAAGCCAUUUACAAAUGGCUAUUAUCUGAUUAUGUGAGGGUCAGUAAUGUUGCUCUAGAUGAUAUGCUUUAUGAUGAAAAAGAUCUACAACGUAGCUAUGAUAAGAUUGAAGCAGUAGAUUACCAUCAAGAAGUUGAGGUUGAAGGAAUAAAAUUUACGAGCUAUAAUGCUGGACACGUUUUAGGUGCUGCUAUGUUUUUAAUUGAAAUAGCUGGUGUUAAAAUAUUAUACACGGGUGAUUAUUCAAGAGAAGAAGAUAGACAUUUAAUGGCAGCUGAACUUCCUCAUACUCAAUCUGAUGUAUUGAUUACUGAAUCCACUUAUGGUGUACAGAGUCAUGAACCAAGAUUAGAAAAAGAAGCAAGAUUUACUGGUCUUGUUCAUGAUAUCGUACAACGUGGUGGAAGAUGUCUAAUGCCAGUUUAUGCAUUGGGUCGUGCACAAGAAUUAUUAUUGAUUCUUGAUGAGUAUUGGGAAGCUCAUCCUGAAUUGGAAUCGGUGCCAAUUUAUUAUGCAUCAUCUUUGGCAAAAAAAUGUAUGGCUGUUUAUCAAACCUAUAUCAAUAUGAUGAAUUCCAGAAUACGCAAACAAUUUGCCAUUUCAAAUCCUUUUGUUUUCAAACAUAUUUCAAAUCUUAAGAAUUUGGAUAAUUUUGAUGAUGUUGGUCCGUGUGUUAUGAUGGCAAGUCCGGGUAUGUUGCAGAGUGGUUUAUCAAGAGAAUUAUUUGAAAGAUGGUGCCCAGACAAAAGAAACGGACUUGUAAUAACUGGAUAUUGUGUAGAUGGAACUUUAGCUCGAGAUGUUAUGACGGAGCCACCGGAAAUACAAGCGAUGUCUGGAACCAAAAUCCCAUUACGAAUGUCAGUUGAUUAUAUUUCUUUUUCAGCGCAUGUAGAUUACACUCAAAACAGUAAAUUCAUAGAUGAAAUUAAGGCACCAUAUUUGGUACUUGUACAUGGAGAAUCUAAUUCAAUGGCAAGGUUGAAAACAGCGUUACAAAGUAAAUUUAAUGAACGCCAAGAAAAUAUUAGGAUUUUUUCACCAAAAAAUUGUGAAACAAUAAGAUUAUUUUUCCAAGGUGAAAAGUUAGCAAAGACUAUAGGUCAAUUAGCAGCAAAGUAUCCUGUGGAAAAUCAAAUUGUUUCUGGAAUAAUUGUAUCAAAAGAUUUCCAAUUCAAUAUCAUGGAUGAAAAUGAUCUUAAAGAAUUUAGUGGAAUAACUACAUCAUCCAUCCUUCAAAAACAAUCGAUUUCAUACAGUUCAUCAUUUUCUUUAUUAAAGUAUCAUCUGGAACAAAUGUAUGGCGUGCUUGAAGAAAUUAUAGAUAGUGAGGAUGUGCCCACUAUAACAAUCUUAGACUCGGUAAAAGUUAGACACAUUGGUAAAAAUCAGGUGCAGCUUGAAUGGUUGGGAACAUCCAUGAACGACAAAAUUGCUGACUCUGUAUCCGCAGUUAUUCUAAAUAUUGAGAGCAUUACAAGUCCUCCGCAUCACACUCAUAUACUGGAAGAUCAUGAACACGACGCAAUGGAUACCGACAAAUCGGAAGGUGACGGUGAUAAAACAGAGAAAAUGACGACAACAAAGAUUUCAGCAUUGCAAAUAGCAGAAAAUUAUUUUAAAAAGCAAUUCGGUGAUGCAAUAAGUAAAACGGAUUCAAAUGAAGAGAUUAUUAUUAAAGUGGACAAUAUGAUCGCCGAAGAGAUUACAACCGAUGAUGAAAUAUUAAGAAAUAGGAUAGAAAGUAUUGUACCUCGUGUAGCAAAGCUUUUAAGACCACUAGAAUUUUGUCCAGAGUAA